AUGCCUGACAGCUUCUUUCAGAACGAAAAACAGGCUCAGAAACAUAUGAUCGACAAGCCAAACGUUUUGAUUCGAGUGCAUAAAGAUGGUCAAAUUCUAUACUCAGUUAGGAUAUCACUAGUACUUUCAUGUCCAAUGCAUUUGCAGUAUUAUCCCAUGGAUGUUCAAACAUGUCUGAUAGAUCUAGCAUCUUAUGCCUAUACUGAUACUGAUAUAGAAUAUCGAUGGAAAGAAAAAGAUCCAGUACAACUUAAAGACGGGCUCAACUCCUCGCUACCUAGCUUUCAACUAAAUAACGUAAGUUCUUGGUAUUCCAACAGAUCAUCCAGUAUCGACGUCUUUUCACAGGUGUCUACCACGUAUUGUACUAGCAAAACUAAUACGGGUACUUAUUCGUGUUUACGGACAGUUUUGGAGCUUAGGAGACAAUUCAGUUACUAUCUUCUACAACUAUAUAUUCCCUCGUCCAUGCUGGUCAUAGUGUCGUGGGUAUCGUUUUGGCUGGAUCGAACAGCUGUACCAGCUAGGGUUACAUUAGGAGUUACCACAUUACUUACCAUGACUACACAGGCAUCCGGUAUAAAUGCAAAAUUGCCUCCGGUAUCUUACACAAAAGCCAUCGAUGUAUGGAUCGGGGCAUGCCUAACGUUUAUCUUUGGUGCUUUGCUAGAAUUCGCUUGGGUCACCUACAUCUCUACUAGAUCUUUAAAUAAAGCAGCCCGAGCAGAACCUCGAACAGGUUCUUUAGUGAUGACCAAUCAACAUGCUAUCCUGCCUAGAACUACGCUAGAUUUACGAGCACGAAGAACAUCAGAUGGUAUCUGGAUGAAACAAGGUCGGUUCGACGAAGCAGCAGAAUUGCUAGUGUUGAAUCCACGAUCUAUCAGU